CACAACAACAACACUUCGCCAUUUCAAGCUCCGGGGGGGAAUUAGGUCAACCGAUCUGAGAAGCGUCAAGUGAACGAUUCUUCGCUGUAAACAUCGCCGUCGAUCACGCUUCGGUUUGAAAAGACCCGGUAGCGCGCUCCGAUGCGUGUUCCGUGCGUGCGGAUGAGUUAUUCCAGCGCGGGCCCGGGUUGAGGUGUCGAGUCGGUUGUCGGAUUUUCCUGCUAGUGAGCUAGCCGGGUGUAAACAAGAUGAAACGAAUGAAAGGAGCUGAGGAGGACAGUGGUGGCUCCCCAAGUAAGAGCCCACCUGAAGCUCGGAAGAAGGUGUGCAAGCAGCUCAGUGACACGGGGAGCGCAGCGGGGGCGACCGGCGACACGCUCGACUUCAAAUGGGCGUGCCUCCCCCAGGAACUGCUCCUUCAUAUAUUUCAGUACCUUCCACUGCUGGACCGAGCCUAUGCCUCUCAGGUGUGCCGAGGCUGGAACCAGGCUUUCCACAUGCCAGAGCUUUGGAGGUGCUUUGAGUUUGAGCUGAACCAACCAGCCAGCUCUUACCUGAAAGCCACACAUCCAGACCUGAUAAAGCAGAUCAUUAAGAGGCACUCCAACCACCUGCAGUAUGUCAGCUUCAAGGUGGACAGCAGUACGGAGUCGGCGGAGGCAGCGUGUGACAUUCUAUCACAGUUGGUCAAUUGCUCCCUGAAGACCCUGGGGCUCAUUUCCACAGCACGGCCCAGUUUCAUGGAAGUCCCAAAGUCUCACUUCAUCUCCGCCCUGACCGUGGUGUUUGUCAACUCCAAGUCGCUGUCGUCCCUGAAGAUCGACGACACGCCAGUGGAUGAUCCGUCUCUGAAGGUGCUGGUCGCUAACAACAGUGACACCUUGAAACUGCUGAAGAUGAGCAGCUGCCCUCACGUCUCCCCAGCAGGGAUUCUCUGCGUAGCCGACCAGUGUCACGGGCUGCGAGAGUUGGCGCUGAACUACCACCUCCUCAGCGACGAGCUGCUGCUGGCCCUCUCCUCAGAGAAACACGUCCACCUGGAACACUUGCGCAUUGACGUGGUGAGCGAGAAUCCGGGCCAGCACUUCCACACCAUCAAGAAGAGCAGUUGGGACGCCAUGGUCAAGCACUCGCCCAAGUUCAACCUGGUCAUGUACUUCUUCCUCUACGAGGACGAGUUCGGCCCCUUCUUUAACGACGAGAUCCCUGUCACGCACCUUUACUUCGGCCGCUCCGUCAGCAAGGAGGUCCUGGGCCGGGUGGGCCUGCACUGCCCCCGUCUGGUGGAGCUGGUGGUGUGCGCCAACGGCCUGCGUCCCUUGGAUGAAGAGCUGAUCCGCAUCGCCAAACACUGCACGCAGCUGUCGGCCAUCGGCCUGGGCGAGUGUGAGGUGUCCUGCAGCGCCUUUGUGGAGUUUGUCAAGAUGUGUGGGAGGCGACUCUCGCAGCUGUCCAUCAUGGAGGAGGUACUGAUUCCUGAUCACAAGUACUCCCUCGAUGAGAUCCACUGGGAAGUUUCCAAGCACCUCGGCCGCGUCUGGUUUCCGGACAUGAUGCCGACUUGGUAAAAAGGGUCCGUCAUGUGAAGUUUGAAAAGGAGAAGCAGCCUCCGUGUUCUGAAGCUCGGCAGUCUUUGGUACCGGCGGCGAUUUUUGCAACUGACUAUGGGAAGUCACGAAACAAAAAACAAAAACAACCUGCCUCUUUUAUCAGCUUAACAGACUCUAAAAACCUGCUUUGCCUAAACUUGACAGUAGAACUCUGGGUUCUCGACACAUAGAAGAUCGCACACAACGCAGCAUCCACUUUUUAUACCUAGAGGUGCAGUCGCAGGGUCAGGUAGUGGCGGUUCACGUGUGGAUUUCGGGGACGACUGCGCAGAUGCAUGUUGUUACACUACUCGCUCUUUACAUCGCAGCUCAGCUACUGGAGAUCAGGGGAAGCCACAGAGAAGUGUCCUGAGAUAGUCCCCUUAUUUUUAUUUGUAAAUAGAGAAAAGCAUGGCACAGGAGUUGAAGCCAAGCGUGGAUUUGAAAUGGAAAAAUUCAUUUCCACAAGUUUGCAUCCUCUUGUUGUCGGUUGUGUGUGGGGAGGAGAAGUGAGCCAGACCACGAGGAGGAAGCGUGUAUAUAUGUCUCUUUAUUUGUGACGUGAAGGUGUACAGUCUUGAGUGACGUCAUGGGUUUAUUGAGAGUUAUAUUUUUUUUCCACAGAUGAAUCGGCUUUAUCCACAUUUAUUAAUACUAUUUCUGUACAGACCUAAUUUCCUGAAGCACCUUACAUGAAAAACCAAAUGCUUUUCAGAACAAACGGCGGCGGCCACGCUCACAUUACACAGGACUUUAGUGAAGAGCAUAGGUGUGGUCACCAAGCCCACGCGCUGAGAUGAGACACUAACAUAAGUCACUUCCUUUUCUUUGCUUUGGCUGUGCCUUAAAUCUCUUCAGUGGUUUGGUGACCAACAAUCAUUUUCAUGAAUGUUUGAAGACCCUGCUUCACAUGGUGAGCACAGACAUGUUCAUGUUUUUGUUCCAUUUGAUGGCAGUUUUUGGUGAGGCACAUUUCACUGAAUUUUGUUUGGUUUUUAAGUGUUGGUUCAGUAAGCUUCAAGCAUGAGGAGGAAUGUGAGCGUUUGACACUAUUUCCCUUUGAUUUAUAUUCCCCUCUGUGUGAAGGCUGAUCCAGUAGAAUUCAAUCGCUUGGUAAUGUGAACGUGGCCAAAAAAACCCCGCCAGAUUUGAUCACUGACACUGACCCCAGAACAGUGUACAUAGAGCUGCACCCCAGCUUCAACAAUGUCCGAGUGUGUGUGUGUAAGCGCCAUCAUGGCGGCCCACUGCUUUACGCUGCUCGCUUCUUCAGGUGCGCGGAAUAUUUCUCUAAUGUUUCAUUUAAAUCUCCUGCCAUUUGCCUGUCCAGACCACAAACCUCUGCCAAGCAGUUUCAAACGGUGCCGCCCUCCCGUGCGGAAGGUUCUGGGAGCGGCGGUUUCUCACUUCAAAGUUACUCCUGUCCAACGCCUCUGUUCAUUCCAGACGAGAAAAGAGAGUUUGGCAAGUCAGAUGAGUGAAACAAAUGGUGUUUUUCCUUUAAGAAGGAAGUUAGAUGAAUCUGUAUAUAAAAACGCUGUGUGUUUAUUAUGAAUAGAAAUGUACUUAAUUUCUGUAUUGCGCCCGCUGUCAGGGUUGUUGAAGUUUCUUAACCUCGCGUCUCUUUCUCAACCAGAGUUCUCCUCCACUAGAUGGGUCUUUUUGUUAGCCGCUACAUGAAAAGAGCUGUUAUUUAUUGGUUUAUUGGUGUGGUCGUGUCUGCGCUUCACGGUUAAGACGAAUCAGCAGGGAUGAUUUUCUUGGAUCACGCCACUUCGGUGUCAGUGUUUCUGACUUCAGCCUGGGGUUCCUGCUGCUGCAUUCCAUUUGUGUCAGAAGCUGGACUCUUACCUUUGUUCCCGGACGUUUCACCAAGAUAUGUGACGUGGUAAUUUGACGGAAGAAAGACGGACUUUUGAAAACUGGUGUUGCGUUAUAUGCAGUUAAAUUCAUGUGAGAAAAUCUGGACUUCUGCGCUCAGCAGGGGGCAGACAUGGCUUGGAAUGCAACUGGUGCUUUACUAAAAACUAGGGGCGGGACUCCAUUAAUUGAGUGUGAUUUAUCAGAGGUUUUUAAAUUAAUAAAUCACGAAUAAUUGCAUUUUAAUAUUUGGCUUAGAUUGGUUGCAUCCAAGGUUUUUUUAAACUUAAAUUUUCCUUCAUAAUGGAUGUUUUGGUUGUGACAUCAUGUCAUAUAAUGAGGUGCACUGGGAGUAGUUGACUGAAAAAUGGUCCCUGUGAAAGACAGUUUUGUUUUUAUGCGAUGAGUCUGUGGUAUAUGCAUCGAUUCAUUAUCUUGGAUGAAUUCAUCAUAAUCUGACGAAUCUUAUAACCGGAGAUUCAGAUUCCUUCAGUGGCCAUUUUGCACAACAAAAGAGAGAUGAGUCUUCAGAGGCUCCACUUCUGACCAUGAAUGGAAUGGCAGCAUCAGGAAGCCAGAGAAGGUCGAUGGUGGCACGGCACCUCCAUCCUGUACGCUGCACGACCACAACGUACUUUCUGUGUUUUCAGUGAACCAAACAAGGAUCAUGUGGCUCCAAACCUUCACCACGGAUGAUCAGCAUCCUCCAGUGGCCGAGCUCUUGUGAGAGAACAGGGGAGACUCGUUGACGCUUGCUGGCUGAGUCUCAGGUUCCAUCUUUGUUUUUGUUUUUUCCAAUAUUUAAAUUGGGUUCAAAUACAAUAAGUGAUAAAAAUAGUUGAUGUUAAAAAAGGGCGUGUGAUUGUCAUGAAGCCAUUCCUUUCACUGCUUUAUUUAUUCAGCAAAAUGAAAUAUAAAAGGUUCUCGGGUCACGCCACAUAUCGGCUCGUGCUUUUCCUCAACUCUUCGAUGGUUGGUGGAAUUCACCGGGAGACACUUUAGUUCCUGCUUACGUCAGUUGCUUUCUGUCAGCAGCUCUUUUUCAAGCUCGUUCGUUCACAAUCAUCUAAUCAUUUGACACGAUGACAACAUUGUCUUCGCGGCCGUGCGGAAAAGAAAUAGCUCUGCUUUCCCCGAUCAUCUGUCUUCAACGAAAAAGGCUUUGGACUUGUGAUCUUCUGCUGGUAAUAAACAUUUGUGAAUGUA